CAGCGGCAGCAUCACGUUCAUGGUGGUGAUAUCUGGUGCAAGCAGGCGAGCUAGCUCCAGCCGGGUGACCGUGCUUCUCUUGUUGCUACAUUUCUGCCAACUAGCGACUAUCCUUGGCUACCAGUCUCACUCUGCCCUCACCGUGGUGGAGAAUACUGAAGGAGGAGGUGGUGACGGGGAGGCCGUGGUGGAUGAUGAGGAACAAGAAGAAAAAAACUUGGAGGUGGUCCAACCUACUGAUCAAUGGCAGACACUUAAACCAGGCCAGGCAGUACCCACAGGCUCUCAUGUAAGACUGAAUCUCCAGACAGGCCAGAGGGAGGUGAGACUGGGAGAGGAGCAGCUUAAAUACUGGAGUCACAAGCACAGGCAGGAGGAAGAGGAGAUUCCGCCCUCCUUCAAGGCUGAUGAAUUAAAACAGGCCCUGAAAAGGAUGAAAGAAGACUUGAGCCCAGAGAGCAAAGAUACAGACCAACAGGACUCAGUAUUAUCUCAGUUUCGCUCCCUAGAAGAGUUAAAGAAAGACAUGGCUCAACUGGAUGUGCUGGUGGAGACAGAUACUCAGGUCAUGAGGCGCCUGCUGACCCAGUUCAAUAGCACCAACUCCACCACAGAACAUAGACUGAACAUCCUGCUGGAACUGGAGUAUCUGGUACAUCAGGUAGAUAACGCCCGGACCCUGUGCUCCAUGGGGGGUCUCUCUAUCAUUCUAGCCGGUCUUAACAGCUCUGACUCCAGAUUACAAGAAAGCUCUGCUUUUGUUCUGGGAUCUGCUCUUGCCAGCAACCCAGUGGUUCAGGUGGAAGCUACAGAGAGUGGUGCCCUCCAGAGGCUUUUAACAAUACUGGCCACGGUACAACCCAUCAAUGUCAAGAAAAAGGUUCUGUUUGCACUGGCGUCCCUCCUGCGUCACUUCCCGUACGCCCAGAGUCACUUUGUCUCACAUGGUGGGCUCCAGGUCCUGUCAAAGCUGUUUCGAGCGGAAGGAGGUGGACUCCUGCGUGUCCGCAUCGUCACCAUGCUCUAUGACAUGAUAAGCGAGAAGGAGUUAAUCUCUCAGGCAGGUGAGGACCCACUCCUGGACUCCUCCUACAAGGAGCGUUUGCGUCAGUACUCCGAGGUGUCCCUGGAGCUGGAGCUGGUGGAGGGCGGGUGGUGCUCUCUGGUUCCAGAGCUACUAGAGUCUACUCAGCAUGACUGGAGAGAGAAGGCUCUGCGGGCUCUGCUGGCCAUGGCUCCAGUGUGUUUGGAACAGUACCGCUCUGACAGCGCUCUGCUGCUCUCUCUGGGCUACCUGAAAGACCAGUACCAGGAACUGGUCCACUCAGAAAGGAUUCUGGGAGAGGAGGACAGCUACUUUGGAGAGAUCCUGGAUCUUCUUCUUGCACUGGAACUCAAAAUGAAAUGAUCUAGAGGCUUGGUGCAGUAGUACUUAAAAUAUAGAGACCCAACUCUGGGUCCGUCUGUGAAAAUUAGCUGGCAGAGGAAAGCGGUUCAGCUGGGAAGGAGGUUGUAGGAGGCAUGGAACAAUUGAAGCAUGGUGAUGGACGGUGUUGGCAUGAUGUCGAGAGAAGUCAAGUUGAGACUCGGCAGCUUACUGCUACCAUUGCACGUCUGGAGCAGUGCAACCAGCAACCAAAAGGUGGACAAUUUGACAACAUUACAUGUUGUCUGAAGCAGGGCUUUCCAAACUUCCAAAGCCACCACAGCUCAAGAAUAGGUCCAACAUAAAACAUUUUACUUGAGAACUGACUGAUGUGGUGGUUGCCCACGCUUAAAACUGAUGUACUUAUAAUGCACUCAGUGUAGUGGAAGAUGCAGAUCAAGAUACCAUUAAUCUUCCAAAUGUUCUGAACUAUAAUAUCCAGUGACAGAGAGAGAAAAACAUCCAAGUUCUCCUAAAAAGUGAUGCACAUCACUCUGACACAAGGACACAAAAAACUUGACUUGCCAACAAAAAGCUUCACUCAGUGCCAACAUUUUGAAGCAAUAAUAAUGACAGCUACUGUAGGUCACGGUGAGAAUAGUGAGUAGUGUUUGUGUAUAGUAUUUUUCAGUUUUCUGACAUUUCUAAACAUGUUUUUUUUUUUCCAUUCUGUCCUUUCAUUUUUUUUUCCAAAUGGACUUCCCUGUAUGAAUAAAGAGUUUUAUGUAGUUUCUCAAAAAUGCCUUUUAAAUGACUGUACCAGUGAUUUUGCAUGUUUAAGAGUAUCUGCUACGCCCUUAUGAACAACAACUGACCACAUAGAGUAUCUUGGUUAUAGUGGUGAAACCUGCACUGCAUCACAAAGUGGUACAACAUAUUUAUCAUCAUAAAAUACACAACAGACAAACUGCAGUA